AUGGCACCCACUUUGUGCAGCUUGGCAGAUGUUCAUAGUUUUUCCAUGCUCUGCCCCAUUGCAGGAGGAUUGAUCUCAUGCAGUUGUGGGAACCAGGCUGAGCCAAGGAACUCAUCAACGGGGCAACAGUGGUCAGCUGGAAAAUUCGAAUGCAAAACCCUUGAGGAGUUGGAGCAGGAGAUGAGCAGCAUCCAGAGAGAUGAUGAACCAGUCGAAAGGGUGCCUUUGCUGAGAGUCAUUGAUGGUGUGAUAUUGGGGAGCUACAACCCCAAUUUAGAACAGAGGACAGAGCAAUGGUGCAAAUCGCCUCAAACUUCAACUGCCUGGAGCUGCCUUCCGGACUACGUCGAUGCCACCCAGGGUCCUGCUGCGUCCUUUGGCGUUCCAGCGGCGAGCUUGCUGCGAGCACAUGCCUUCUAUGAUAGAAGCAAGCCGCCUGCAAGCUGGGGCCAGACCAAGUCUCAAAAGGUUGACCUGCUGCAGAACGUCAGAGCCUACUUCGGAAGCUGCGUGAAUGGAAAAGCAACCCUCACUGGUGAAGAAGAAUCGCUCCCAGAGGAGAAGAUGGAUGAAAAACAGGAAGAAUACAGGUGGGAAUCCACUCUGAUUCUGAUGAGGGACCGGAUUCAAGUCUUAGACGAGAAGCCGUUGGUGGAUCAGGUGCUUUCAGCUUCGGUGAACUGGAAUUCACCAGGUGCCAUGCCGUCAGAAGAGAAUCUUCUCACUAGAGCAGCACUGCGAGCUGCGUACCGAGGGGCCUACCUUGCAGCAAUAUCCCGUCAGCGUCACUUAGUGUGCUUAACUCUGAUUGGUGGUGGUUCUUUCAGCAAUCCGCCAGACAUGAUCUUGGAGGAGCUGGCGAAAGCUCACGCGGAGUACCCCCAGCACCCAGCAUCCCAAUUGCACGAAGUUCGCCUUUGCCUGUACCCACUGGGGACUGCUGAAACUACUGAGAAAAAACUGAAGAAACUCCUUCUGGACUUGGGCUAUCAGCCCAAUUGA